AUGGGAUUAUUAGAGAGUUACAUUCGUCAGUUUGUCAUCAGAAGCUCUGAAAGAAGCAUCAUGUUGUUGUCUGAAGAAGUCAUUGAACGAUUCAAGGCAAAAAUUCCUUUGCUGAAUAAUUUUUGUGAUCAUACAAUUUAUGGAAUAACUCAAAUGGAUAUUUUGCGUACCGAUGGAUCAGUGAAACAAAUUGUUUUGGUUUUUGAGCGAUUACUCGUUGUCGAGCCUGAAAUAUUUAUAACAAAAGAUAGAAUCUAUGCCGAUGUUUAUAUCAAAAUAAAUGAUGAAGUUUUAAUAGAUAUCGCAUCGAAAAAAAUCUCCCUCGACGACGCAUUGAAUGAAAAAAUGUUUCAAGUUUUUGGUGACGCUGAAAUAUGGGAUCUUCAAUUAAAGACUUUAAAGAAUAUUUUGCCUAAUGAAAACUUCUCACCAAGGCCAGAAGAACAACCUAAUGAUGAACCCAAAGACGAAGCCACAGCCGAAGUUGAUGAAGAUUAUGUAGAUUUUGAAAAUUUACCUCAGAUUGAUUUUAGCGACGUUCCCAAAGAAUUUCAAUUCAUUGUUGAUCAAAUAAUCGCUUUACUUUUUGGCAGACAAAAAAUUUUAAACUGCUUUAGAAUUAAACGAUUUUUAAACAACACUUCAAUCUCAUAUUCAGAAGCAAAUAGUAAAUUUGACUUGGAUUAUGACGGUGAUUUACCAUCACGAUCUCCGUUAGAAGAGAAAACAAAAGAAGAUAAAAUUCUGAAAGAAGCUUUGGUAGUCGGUGGAUGCCCUUUGUGUGAUUCAUCGGUCUAUUCUUAUUGUGAUCAGAAAAUAUAUCAUGAUGCUUUUGUGGCUUGCCAGCAGCCCAAUGUCAGUAUGCAGACUGUUCAUACAUUCAUGCAAAUAGUUGCAAGGAACAUCAACUUAUCACAAAAUGUUGCUGCUAUAAUCCAUACAGGAAACUUUAACUGAAACUUAAUCAUAUAUUAAUAAUGUAAAAAGAGACUUAACAUUGAAAACUUAUUAUUAUCUUUUUCAAAAAUCGAGUAAAUAUUUUGACAGUGCGUUGAAUGAUGUUUUAUUUGCUUGAAAUUGUGAAAUUUACUGUUUGAAAUCUUGUUUGAAGUAAAAUAUUUCAUGCAAGUAUGAAGGUAUUUGAAUUCCUAUAAAUUAUUUAACUAAACAG